AUGAGCACAACUGUCCUUGAUCGUACGGUGAUGGGUAGCAGUGGGGAGAAGAGUGUGAAGGGUUUUCAGGGGAAGAAGGAAGGGUUCCGGGGAGGAGUGCCGAAAGGGUGUUUGCCCAUAAAGGUGGGUCAAGGAGAAGAGCAACAAAGGUUCGUGGUGCCUGUGAUGUACUUCAAUCACCCCCUCUUCAUGCAGCUUCUCAAGGAGGCAGAGGAAGAAUUUGGGUUCGAUCAAAAAGGAACCAUAACCAUCCCUUGUCAUGUCCAGGAAUUCAGGACCGUUCGAGGCAUCAUAGACAGAGAAAAGUCCCUCUUUCACCACAAUCAUGUUCGCUGCUUCGGCUUCUGA